CUUCCUUCCCAGCUCCUUUCCUCCAGGACCAGACGGAGCCCAGGUUGAUCUCAGAUCCACACUAACAGACUCCACAGUGGCAGGAAGGAAGCUGCCUGAAGCCAUGUCAGCUCUCAGCCUGGUCAUUCUGGGCCUGCUGGUGGCAGUGCCAGUCGCCGACUGUCAACAAGGCCUGGGAAAACUUCAGCCCUGGAUGCAGGGCCUCAUCGCCGUAGCGGUGUUUCUGGUCCUCGUUGCAAUUGCCUUUGCCGUAAACCGCUUCUGGUGCAAGGAAGAGCCGGAUCCCACGCACACGGUCAUGACUGUUGGAAACAAGGUCGAUGGGGUCAUGAUGGGGAUGGAUGGAAGGUACUCCUCCAUGGCGGCCAGCUUCAGGUCCGGUGAGCAUGAGAAUGCCUAUGAAAACGUUCCUGAGGAGGAGGGCAAGGUCCGCAGCACCCCGAUGUAAGCCUGGUUCCCUGUGGUCCCUGCCCUGAGGCUUCCGGGUGCCUGUGAUGGACGCCGAAAGUCACCACCUCUCUGUGCAGGAAUCUACAAUAAUUGGCCAACUGCCUCCAACCCCACACCCCCUACCACUCUCUCUAUGAAUUACAGCCAGCCAAAGUUGGAGCUCAGGCUGUGGCCAGGGUGGGUCUUGGCUGUGGCCCUGGGCUCUCCCAUCCAGUUCCAAACAGCUUUCUGAAGAGGACAGUCAGCUCAGCACCUCCCCUCCUGUCUUUCAUUCUGUCCCCAUAACUGUGGAAAUUGCCCUUAUUUCUAUGAAAUAAAGACUUUUUGUACUUCUAGGGCUGAGGCUCAGCAACAGCCCCUCAGUGAGGACCAA